AUGGCAGGAGAGGCACUUAAAGGCACUCUGGUGCUCACGCACAUCCGUGCACAUGUGUGCAGGUUUCUGUUGGUUGAGCAGAGAGGCUGGGUGGGGACAGACGCACACUUGAAAAAGAUUUUGGGCCUGCUGGUAUGGGCACUGAUUGCAAGCACAGAGUAUUUCCGAUUUUCCCCAUUUGGAUGGGUGAUGUUUGUGACUGUCUUCUAUUGGCUUCUCACCCUCUUCCUUCUCAUCAUCAAACUGGCCAGAGGACAAAUCCGACACAUUCCCUGGACUACAGUGGUUCUCAUUUUUAACUGCACUGCUGCUUUAUUGUACACAUCCGCUGCUGUUGUUGAGGCAACAUUAGUGAACCGGGGGGUCAAAGGUCAUCAUGAUUUCAACUGUUGGGCAGCAUCGACGUUUUUUGCAUUCCUAGUAUCUCUGACUUACGCUGGUAGUGCGUUCUUCAGUUACAAAUCCUGGCACAGAGGAGAUGAAUAAAAUGUUCUGGAUUGUAGUUUUUAAUCAAAUGUUAAAAUUAUGACUCAUCCUUAAAUUGUUCAGGUAUGGACUAAACUUGAAAAAAUAUUUAAUACUGAUGAUUGUCUUUCAUAUUAAAAAUUAAGAAAUGUACCUUUUGCUCUGUAGCCCUAUGUAUUUGCAACCAUUCCACACAUACAGAUUUGUCUAAUGCACAAAGGAUAUUUUAAUAUCUUUCUCAUAUUUAAUAUGGACAUGCAUAACUUACAUUAUUUAAAUUUUAUUGAAUGGAUGCUAAUAAAUUAUGCCGAAAAUGCAUGAUGUUUGGACUUACCAGACUUAUUAUGAAAGCCUUGUUGUGUUUCACAAAGCAUAAGCGCAACUCUGUGUCAAAUUAAAGCUGUCAUUAUAUUUGUCCUUUGAAAGCAGAUCUCAUUUAUUUCUUAUUUUUGUAAAUGUCAAACUCAUAUGGCUGCACACAAUAGGUAAAACUGCAUAAUUAAACUAGAAGAGGAAGUUUACAAAAGUGCAUCCAUGCACCCCAUCACUGACACUAAAUCAAAGGUGUGCUUGUGUUUAAUACAGGAAUGUGAUCAGAAUCAGAUACAUGAUGAAUUAAUCUGUUAUGUUCCAACGAAUUGUGAUUCACGCUCUCAGGUAUUAAGGCACAGUAUGACUUAUGAAUCAUGAUGUGAAAUUUGAGCAACGCGAGUGAUGUCGUGUCAGAUGCAGUUUCCCGACCACAUCAUACUCGACGAGCGCGGUUGUGUGGCGUCGCGUCGUUGCAGAGUAUUGUUAGACAUCAUCCACUAAACGAUGAUGGGGAUUUUAUUUCUGGACUACUUACGAUCCAAACAAGGAGUUCUGAAGGUCGCUCAGCUCGUGAUUCUCCUGAUAGCGUUCGCUUGCGUUCGUUCCACGUGGUACAACAGCUUCUACACUUACGGUUUCUUGGAAGGAGUCACGCUCGGUUACUCCAUCACGGUCGCCCUUUUUCUAUUCCUGACUGUAUUUGGGAUUCCGAAAAGGGCAUUAUUUGUGAACCGGACGAUAGCCGAGUUUGUGCUCGAUACAUUGGGAUUCAUCUUCAUCUCCACCGGUUCCAUUGUAGCUGCUGUGAAGUCUUAUGACACCCCCAUUCUGGUUGCCGCCUCAGUGUGUGGUCUUCUGGUCUCAUAUCUCUCACUUGUUAGUGUGAUACUUUCAUUUGUUGCCACUCGCCGCACACAGCCUGCGGGUCCACCAGUAUAAAAACAUUGUCUUGAUGUUUAUAGUGCUUCUUCUGAAAUAUCUAACUGCCCUCAACACAUAACAGCUUGGAUCGGGAAUUGAUAAAGGAUAUGGUUGUUUUAGUACAUUUACAUGGAACAUAAAAGAUUUUGUGACAAUAUAAU